AUGCGAAUGACCACGCUAAGCCGCGCAGUUACAUUGGGCCUGCACGUUUACGGCGUCUGGCCUUACGUACCAUCUACCAUAUUGUUCCGAUUCUACUGGAUCGUGACGCUCAUCGUGACUCACGUUUUUCAAUAUCGAUAUUUGAUAAUAAAUGUUCAUGCAGACAACAUUUCCCAAUUUAUGGACGGAAUGAGUAGCACACUGGCAUCUACUUUGCUUUUCAUCAAACUCGUUAUUUUGUGGGUCAAGCAACGAAUAUUUUUCGAUAUCUUACAAAUGAUGACUACGGAUUGGCAAGACUACAACUCGAAUCACCAUAGUUCACGCGUGCUGACGAAUACGGCGAAUCUGGCAUGCCGCACUUCGACGUGGAUCAUCGGCAUACAAGUGGCUUCCGUAACUUUUUAUAGUGCCGGUGUUCUCGCGGCUAACGUAGCUAAUCCUGAGAGAAUAGAACCGCACACGCGAGAACUUAUUUUCAAAAUGGCGUUGCCUUUUAAUAUUAGUACGGAAGUCAAAUACGUUAUAAUUCAGUCAGUUGAAUUUUAUCAUCUGUUGUCGCUAAGCUACGGCAUGGCAAUUGUAAAUUUAUUUCUAAUAACUUUGAUACUUCAUGUCGGUGGCCAAAUCGACAUUCUUUGUGAAUGGUUGACAAAUGCUUUCUCCAGAAAUGUGCCACGUUCAUCAAAAAAGAUCACAAUGCGAUCAAUAAUCACAAAGCAUCAGCAGAUUAUUUUAUUUGCAGAAAAUGUUGAAAAUCUCUACACGUACAUUGCGCUAAUGCUGAUUGUAUCAGACACGCUCAUUAUAUGUUGUUUAGGAUUUGUUAUUGCUAUCUCUCUUGAUGCGCCCGAUGUUGCUACAAUUUUAGUCAAGUCUAUAUUAUUUUACAUCGCGAUGAAUCUUGAAGCUUUUAUAUAUUGUUUUGCUGGCGAAUAUUUAAGCGAAAAGAGUAAGAUGAUCGGACAUGCAGCGUACAAUUCUGUUUGGUAUGACUGUCCAACUACGGAGAAACGAAUUAUAUUGUUUGUUAUUAUAAGAUCACAAAAAACAUUGACGAUCACGAGCGGAAGAAUCAUGGUCUUGUCGUUGGAACGAUUUACUAGCGUUAUAAAAGCAUCGGCGUCGUACAUUUCAGUCCUAUUAGCAAUGUACUGA